CAAUUGGUUAAGAAGUUCUGUGAUGGGAUGUUUAUCUUGGUUGUGCUUCUGGAGGAGAGAGAACCUCCAAGAGGACGAGGUGAUCUUCCCAUCUGUGAGCUCACCUUCCACUUCUGAUUGGGAUUGCUCAAGAGGAAUGAUUUAGCUGUUUAUUUUUGACAGUGUUCAUCACCCAGUAUACAGCUUUUUACAUAUUGAAGACUCAUGUCACUUAAAACAGUCCACAUAUAUGACCAAAGAAGAAAUAAAUUAAUUAAUAAACAUCUGGAAGUUGUACGCCAAGCAGCACUGUGCUGAGUAGUAAUCUGACUCUGUUGGACAGAGAAGUACAAUGGGUAAAGCCUUAUCCAAAGUCAAAAGCUUUUUCUCCUCAGAAAAUGCGUCUGCCACUGAUAUUUUACCACCUGAGGCUUUUGUGAGUCAACAGUCUUAUGAGCCUCUUGCUUCUCCGAGAAGCCCAUUGGUGAGGAGUAGAGGAGAACUAACACCUCCUGACACCCCUGUCAUACCUCCGGCAAAACGACUGAAGCCCGAUGAGAAAUAUGUCGACUUCCCAUUCUUAAGGGAUGAUUAUACUGUUGAAUAUAUUAGGAGAAGUAAGCUCAUGAUAAUUUUGAAAGGCCUUCCUGGAUCUGGAAAAAGCACUCUUGCAGAGAACAUUCAGAAAGUAUAUGAAAACGCUGUUGUGUGCUCUGCUGAUCAUUUUUUCAUGGUUGAUGGACAGUACAAUUUUAACCCACAAAAGCUAAAGGAUGCCCAUGGUGCCUGCCAGGAAAAAGCAGUGCAAGCUGCCAAGAGGAAUUUCCUUAUUGUUAUAGACAAUACUAAUAUUAAAAACUGGGAGAGCUCCAAUUACGUAAAGAUGUGUAAAAAAUAUCAUUAUAUUGCUAUAAUAGUAGAACCUCAGACCCCUUGGUGUUUUGAUGUACAGCAAUUAGUGAAGAAAAACUCCCAUGGAGUAAAAGAAGAGAUUAUUGCACGGAAGCUGAAUGACUACCAGGCAGCUCUUCCAAUAUAUUACGCAUGGUUUCUUAACGAGCCAGAUUCAUUAAAAGUAUCAAAAAUAGCCUGGCAGUGGUUGGAAAAAGCCCUUUUGGAAAUUGAAGAUUUUUUCCAAGAUUUUUCACAAAUUACAAAAUUCGAUUCAAUAGACGAUAUACUGCAGUAUUUUGCAAAUGAAAAUAUCAUCUUACACACAACUUCAAAAUUUACUGGUCGUGGGAAACCAUAUGGCGCUCUUGAGUACAUAAAUGAUCCAGAAGUGAAGUGCGCUCUUGGCCGAUGUUUUCCGCUCAGUAUUAUUGGAUUUGUAAUAACACCCCGAACCUUUGGGGCUCGGAUAAAAUUAACGGAUGAACAACUAGAACUGUGGGGCGGUAAUGACUAUGAAACUCCACCUGAUAAUGUAAUGCGUUUGCCUGUGCCAGAGUUUGUUAAUAAAAAGGAACCUUAUACAACCACUGGUGCACAUGAUACUGAUGACGACGAUGAAGACAAUGAUAAUGAUAAUCUUGCUGAUUAUUGUGAACCAAAAAUAAUAAUAACUCCACAGGAAACGGGGAAAAAUAGAUUUUGGCCAACGUCAGGAAAAGGCAGCCGUGCACACAUUACUUUGGGCUGUGCUUGGGGAGUGAAGCCUGUCACAACAGGUUUUGAUCUGAUUGAUGUCAUUUCUUGUGAGCAAAUUGAAGAAGAUAGUAAGAAACAUAAUGAAAAUGCAAUGGAUGUUGAUUCAGAGGGCAGUGGCAAUAAGACCUACAAUUUUUAUGGAGCUGUGAUGAAAUGUUAUGGAAAGGGAAGAUGGGUUAUAUAUCCAGAAGAUAAAAUCAUUGUGGAGUCUUUGUUUUCUGCUUUUUAUUAGUAGUAUAUACCUUCAUGUAUUCACCUUCUGAAAACACAAGUGUUUGAGUGAAUGUUGUGAUACAGUCAUUCUUGAGAGAUUGUAACAACUUGUACAAUUUUGUAAUAACUCACUGUAAUGACCAAGAUUUUAUAAACUUUUUUACAGACUCAUUGUACCUUAAUAAGUAUAGGCUUUUUUUUAUUCUCUAGUCAAAUUAAUCCCUGACUUAUUGUAACAGUUUUACCAUGGACAGGUUUUCACAACUGGGAAGAUGUCUCCCUUAAUUCCUUAUCAUUUACAAACCGAUGCAGGGUAAACUGUAUUAUACAUACUAUUAGACUUUUUACUUUUAAUAAAAAUUGUAUCAUUUGU